AUGGUCCUUUUGGGUUCAGCCAUGUCCCUACUGGUCCUGUCCAUUGUCCUUGGAAAUGUACUGGUAAUAACAGCCAUCGCUCGUUUCCAGAGGCUUCAGAACGUCACUAACUGCUUCAUCAUGUCACUGGCCUGUGCUGACCUGGUCAUGGGACUCGUAGUGGUACCCUUCGGUGCUGUCUACAUCAUUCUCAACACAUGGCACUUCGGUAAAUUUUGGUGCGAGUUUUGGACAGCCACUGAUGUUCUCUGUGUCACGGCAAGCAUCGAGACCCUUUGUGUCAUCGCCAUGGACCGCUAUCUCGCGAUCACCUCUCCUUUUCGCUACCAUUCCAUGCUGACGAAGUGCAAAGCUUGUAUUGUGGUUCUAAUCGUGUGGAUUAUCGGUGGCCUCAUUUCCUACCUGCCUAUCCAUUUGAAGUGGUGGAUUUCCAGCAAUGAGGAGGCCUUGCGUUGCAUGAACAACACCCUCUGCUGUGAGUUCCACACAAACCGAAGCUAUGCCAUUAUUUCCUCUAUCAUUUCCUUCUACAUUCCAUUGGUAAUCAUGGUAUUCGUGUAUAGCCGUGUUUUUCAAGAGGCGAGGAAGCAGCUGAAAAAAAUUGUCAGAAGUGAAGGACGCUUUCACCACAACGGAGGUCAACAGGAAUUCAUCGACACAGGAGAUGGCAGAGAGUCCCGUACCAUCAAAAAGCCAAAGUUCUGCUUAAAGGAACACAAAGCACUAAAAACGCUAGGCAUCAUUAUGGGAAUCUUUACACUCUGCUGGCUUCCUUUCUUUGUCCUUAACGUUGUAGUGAGUCUCCACGAAGUGGACAACAUCAAAGUACCGUUCAGAAUCUUAAACUGGAUCGGGUACGCCAACUCAGCCUUCAACCCCCUUAUCUACUGCAGAAGUCCAGAGUUCCGGUAUGCCUUUAAACAGAUCCUGUGCAUGAACAGGUCACACUACCCCAACCUGAGACCUUCCAAUGGAUACAAAUACAGCGGACACAGCUGGCAGAGCGAACACCAAGGACGGAGCAAGUGCAGCUCGGAGGACAGUGACCAGGUCGAUGGGGGUUCUGAGAAGGACAGAUGUAUGUCUGCGUAUACGAAAGACUCUAACGGGAACUGUAAUAAAAAUUUCACGAGUGUACCGUGAGUCAUACAUACCAACACAUUCCACUGUUACUGAUAUGCCCGAGAAAUAAGGCAGACACUAAUCUACAUGUCAUCACGAACUCCCGGUAAGUGAG